AUGGCGGCCCCCAUCUCCGUCGCAGUCUUUGGCUCCACCGGCCUCACCGGAUCCCACAUCCUCUCCUCCCUCCUCGCGGCAGAGAGCAGCUGGAACCCAGUCCACACCAUCUCGCGCCGCGCGCCCAAGGCCCAGGGCCCCAGCCUCAACGCCGUCGUCGAGGCCGACACGGAGAAGUGGUCCGCCUCCCUCAAGGGCCUCCCGGCUACUCCCUCGGUCGUCAUCUCCGCCCUGGGCACCACGCGCGCGGCCGCCGGCGGCAUCCAGCAGCAGUGGAAGAUCGACCACGACCUCAACGUCGAGAUCGCCAAGACCGCCAAGGAGGCCGGCGUCAAGACGUUCGUCUUCAUCAGCUCCGCCGGUACCCGCGGCCUGCUGUCAAACUACGUCCCCUACUCCCAGAUGAAGGUCGGGGUCGAGGACGCCGUCAAGGGCCUCGAGUUUGACCACAGCAUCAUCGUCAGGCCGGGCAUGCUCCUUGGUGCCCGCGAGGAGCAGAGGUUCGUGGAGAAGGGCGCCCAGAGCAUCGUCAGCGGCCUCGGGCUCGUCCACAAAGGUCUGAAGAAUGCUCUUGGGCAGGAUGUCGAUGUCAUCGCGAGGGCGACGACCAAGGCGAUUAAGCUGGCCAACGAGGGUAAGGCCCCCAGUAAGCACUGGGUGCUUGAGGGAGCUGAUAUUCUGAAGCUCGGUGCAGAGGAGUGA